CUUGCCGCGAAGCUCAACUUCACUUUGAGCACGGUGCCGGUGUAGAUGCAGCUGCGACGCGCUCUAGGGCACUUGCUGCGCCCCACCUGGCGGCGCUGCGUUGCCGCGGCCCUUCUCUACACUGCGACAGCGCAUCUCGGCGCCGUAAUCUUCUAUGCCAUCGAGGGCGGCGAGGAGCGGGCGAGGGCGGUGGCCUUCCAGGAGCAGCUGCAGCAGCGACGCGAGCUGGUCGAGGCGGCGCUAGUCAACGACACGACUGCCCGCGCCGCCCUCGACGCGCUUGUCUCGCAGCUGGACGAGUACGCGAACUCGAAGCAGUCCGCGCCCAACCCUGACGCGCUGAACUGGUCGUUUGGUGGCUCGCUCUUCUUUGUGCUGACCAUCAUGACGACGAUCGGCUACGGGACGUUUGUGCCGUACACCCUGGCUGGAGAGGUGCUCGUGGUGGUUUUUGGCCUCGUUGGCCUCGCCGUCUCGGGAGCCUGCCUGACGGUGCUCGCAGACGGGCUGGACAAGGCGAGCAUCGCGCUGCUCGUCCGCUUGCUUCGCGUCGACAAGCCCGGCCCUGGGCGGCGCGCCCUCCUCUACGUCGGCCUCGCGCUCGCCUACUGGCUGCUCAGCGGAGGCAUCUUUGCCGCGACGCAGGGCUGGGACUUCUUCACCGGCUUCUACUAUGCGUUUGUCACGUUCAGCACCAUCGGGUUUGGCCACUACACGGUCUCGUACGGCGACGGCGGCGGCGGGCUCGCCAUGUUCUUCCUCCUCUCCCUCGCCGGGCUCGUCGUCUUUGCGCGCCUCGUCUCGGAGCUCGCCGACCUGCUCGCCGCGCGUGGAAGCGCCUGCCUCGCGCCGCCCGCGCCGAGGCAGAGGCAGUCCAGCCGCGCGGUCCAGCCGGCGGAUCAGGGCACCGGGGAGGCGCACGCGCGCCAGGCCGCGGGGCCGGGCGUAGAACAACCCGCCGCGGGCUGAGGUAGCCGAAUUGCGAGACUUGCGCGGCCGCGGGGCGCCCCGCCCCCUCUCGGCGAGGGGUCCCGCCCCGCCCGCCGCCGCCGUGGGCCGUGCGUGUGCGUUGGGCGCGUGCGUGUCCCCGUCCGUGACUGUGCGUAGGUAAGGUAUAUAGCACACCUGGACUC